AUGCCGCCCUACCAUCGAAACCCCAAUUCCUUUGAAGCCUUGAAAGACCAGGUCUUCGUGUUGACUGGUGGCGCACGAGGGGUUGCAGAGUCGAUCGUUCGAUAUCUGUUCGCCGCCAGGGCGCAUGUUUUCUUCGGCGACAUUGACCAGGAUGGCUCCGACAAAGUGAUUGCGGCCUUGAGAGCGCAAAAUCCCUCCGCUACCAACAGUCUCGUGGCUAUCCCAUUUGAUGCCCGAAAGUAUGAUGACAACUUGGCUUUGUUCAAAGCUGCUUACAAAACCCAUGGAAGGGUCGACCAUGCCAUCUCAUGCGCAGCAGUUACUGAGAGCUUGAACUGGUAUGACGAGAGUCUGAAUCUUGGCACCAUUGAGGCCCCGCCUCCUACCGUUAUCAUCGACGUCAACUUCACUGGUGUCUUAUACUUUGCCCGUAUUGCUGCCGUAUAUCUCAGACAAGGCAAUGAGAAUGGCAAGGACAAAUCACUGACUAUCGUCGGCUCCAUCGCAUCAUUCAAGGAGCAGGCCGGCCUCUUUGUCUACGGACCUACUAAACAUGGUGUUAUGGGUUUGUUCCGUAGCACCAAGAGUCUGAUGAGUAAGAAAUACGGCAUUCGUAUCAAUAUGGUCAACCCAUCCCAUAUUAAUACCAUUAUGGGGUCCGCUGUCCAUGACCUUUGGGUGGCUCAUGGCUUGCCAGUGAAUGAAGCUUAUCAUGUAGCGGAACAUGUUCUGACGCUCGCUUCUACCCCGAAGAAGCCCGACGGCACUGUUGCGACAGGGAUCGCGGUGUACGUGGAGGGUGGUGAGGGCUGGGAUAUUGAGGAGGACUUGGACAAGACCGAUCAUCUCUGGAUGGGAGAGGAGAUGUCUCGAAACUCGGCCAAGAUAGAUAUAGCACUUGGAACCGGCGUGAGCUGGAAGCCUACAAAGGAAUAA